AUGGCUGCCGUUGGCGGACACAAUGAUAUGUUACUGGUGCUGGCACACCGUCACCAUCUGGGCAUGACAACGAAUACGGCUGCCCGGAUCAAACGCCAUCAAAGGACCACCACCAACAAGAUGGAGAGCAAACUACAGCGGAACGUACAAUCCACACCAUCGCCUCGCCUCACGGACCCGUCACCGGUGAUGGAAGGGGGACAAAAACGAUCAUUGAAUCCGCGACUGUCCUCGGCUGGCCAAGUAGAUACCGCCUCGACUAGCGAUAGUGGCACUCCACAGGCAGCUGAAUUGGUAGAUGCACCAGCUCUCCCAGGAGUCAACCAAGCCGAUCCUGGUACUAUAAGUAGACCUAUGCCAGGCAAGAAUCAACCACCACCAUCGAUAGGCGAUGCGGCAGCAGCUCAACUUCUUGGAGACAUGCCGGUUUCGGUAUUGUGUACGACGCUUACAACAUACACGACCUUGACAAAGACACGGACGGAUCCAGCAUUGACUACAUCAGAAUCUGGUAUGGGUACUGGGUUUUCGUGGCCCACGCCUGCCAUUACCAGCAUUUUGUCUGCGGCAUCUUCAGCUACCGGCUUCCCUCCACUGCCAUCGUUUAGCACAUUUAUCCUCUUUUCGCAGUCAGAAGACUUUCGGGGGCAGGUGACGGCAUCUCCAAAAAGUAUCAACACACCACUAGCCAUAACCGCGUCUUCGGCACUGACUGCGGUCUCGGUACCGACGCUCCAGCCUACAUCUUCGGUUGUCGCCAGCUCUGCUACGGGUGGGUCGGGCAGGGGACUAACGCCGUUGUCAAGAUCUUUGUUUGUUCUUUUUGGUGUUCUAGGGGCCAUUACGAUGCUCAUUGCACUGGCGAUAUUCUUCAUGGCGAGGAGGAACAAGAGGCGGCAAGAACUUGCAGAGCGAUAUAUUGAAGAAAACGCCUCGUUUGAGGAGAAGAAGGGUGGUACGCUCGGGUACGGAAACAGGACGCACAUCUCGGCAGAACGAGCAGACAACGGUCUGACGGCGCUAACGGACAGUGAGAGAAACAUUGUGCGUCGCGCGGCCACCCAAGAUGGACAGCCAGAGGUUCAUAUCACAGCGCCUGGAGCGCGCCUACACGAUGCGAUCAAUUCGUUUAUUGCCAAAUCUCGACGAUUAACGUACAAAAUAUCUCCUUAG